AUGCUUAUACUCGAAACUCUCAUCCAGGCCAGGGGCCUUCUUCGGGACCGGGACAGCAGCUCCAACAGCACCAAAGAUGCCUGCCCAAACAUCUCCCUCGCCGAAAAUGCAUCUCAACCCCUCUUCGGCAACAUGUCCUUUUACACAUUCAACAUGAUUCUCUCCGGGAGCUUCGCCGCCGCUUCCUGUCUCAUCAUCGUCUCCCUCAUGAUCCUCCACGCGACGCACCUCAGCAAGAGCAACGAACAAAUCAAAAUCCUUCGAAUCUCUCUCAUCAUCCCCUUCUGGUCCAUCAUCUCCUUCCUCUCCAUCUGCUUCCCCACAGCCGAGGUCUACCUCCACCCUUGGCUCGAGUUCGUCCAGUCCAUCUGCCUGGCCACGUUCUUCCUGCUGCUGUGCGAGUUCGUCUCGCCCAGCGCGCAGCACAGGGACGUCUUCUUCGCCGGCAUGACUGUGAAGAAUAAAAAGGCUGCCGGCGGGGAGCAGAACGGCCUCGAGUGGUACCGGAAAAUGUGGUUUGCCGUCUUCCAAUAUCCCGUCGUGGCCCUGCUCGUCGCCAUCUUGACCGCCAUCACCCAAGCUGCGGGCGUCUACUGCGAGUUUGAGAGCAAGGUGCACUUUGCUCGACUAUGGCUGCAACUCAUCAGCAACGCCUCACUCACGCUCGCCCUCAUGACGGUCAUUCGUUUCUUCAUGCAGCUCAAGUCCAAGCUAUCCCACCACCAGCCCAUCGCCAAAUUCCUAGCUUUCAAGCUCGUCGUGACCCUGACUUUCCUCGAGACCAUCAUCUUUUGGAUCCUCAAAGACACCGGCGCCCUCAACCCGACCCCGAAACUCACCAACGCCGACCUCCGCAUCGGCAUCCCCUCCAUGCUCAUCUGCAUCGAGAUGCUGCCCCUCGCCGCCUUCUUCCACUACGCCUACUCGCACCGGCCCUACGUCAUCGGCAGCGGCAACGUCCGGCGACCGCUCGCCGGCGACCUCGAAGCGUACGAGCCCCAGACGUACUCUGGUGGGCCCGGCGGCGUCUGGGCGCUGGUCGAGAUGUGGAACCCCAUGGAGACUGUCGAGGCCAUCGUCUUUGGCCUCAAGAUGAAGGCGGAGGAGAGGAAGCAGCAGCAGCGCGGGAGGGCCGGGUGGCAGGCGACCAAGUAUCAGUCGGUGGAUGAGCCGUAUGAGAUGGGUAGGAGGUGA